AUGAACGUACUAGUCCUUCUGAGUCUGUUAUUCUUCAUUCCUUUCCUCUUCUUCCUCGCCUUUCUUGCCGCAUCUUCCUGCAUAGGCGAGGGCUUUCGUGCUAGAUUCGCUGGCGUCACAUUCAACCCUCGGAACGCGUCCUUCGGUCGCAACUACACACGAGGAUUCGGGUCUGGGGCCGGUACUGGAGGAUGGGAGCAAAUCGAAAUGGAAGACAUGCUGGGAGAUGACAGCGACUCAGAAUGA